UCCCACAUUUAACAAAAGAGUAAAUUGAAACGUGGUCUCUAAAGAAAAAAAUAAGUUUUAUCGUAUUGUCCAUAGUGGUGGCAGUUGCAGGUGGGGACAAACAAACACUGAUGAGAGCUUCCUAUGUUGUUUCCCAAAAAGUCAACAGAUCAAAGCAGCAGCCUCUUCGACUUCACCCAACCCCGAAAACGAUCCAUCUCUUUUUGUUCCCAUCUCCUCAACUUUCAUGGCCGCCAAAAUCAAAUCACUCACUUUCCAGUUUCCACCACCAAAAUAACAUCGGAUUCUCCACAACCCAUAUCUCCGAUUUCACCCAAAAAUCCAACAACAAGUCAUGGUGAGCCUCCUCUUUCUUCUUCUUCUUUCUAUACUAGUACUCUUCUCAACCUGCGUUGUUGCUCAAUCUCCAUCACCGUCAUCAACUUGUCCUUUAGAUUUUUCCCAUGUCCUGACAAUCCCAUGGAACACAACUGAUUGUCGAAGCUACGACAAAUCAGUUAACAGCAAGGCUAGUUGCUGUCAAUCCGUCUUAACUCUAAUUGGAAUCCCUCUAGCUCAUCGUCUCAAACAAACAUCCAACUUCCGUCUCCCGAAUCUCGCUACUUCUGUCUCUUGUAUCAACAACCUCCAAACGAAGCUCGAUGCCCUCUCUCUCUCUCCGAAUCUCACCUCCGUCUGCUUCGAUCCGAAACAAUUCGUCAUCACCAACGAGACCUGUGCCGGAAUCCAAACUACGCGAGAUUGGGUCUCUCGUCUCGGUCCCACGACGGCGCUUGACUCCGCCUGCAGCAGUGGUCUCACCGAUCUCACUCGAUGCGACGCUUGUGUGGCGGCUGGGUUUAGGGUUCAGAAGCAGCUGAUUGAUCUCGAUGGUAAUAGCUCUCACGGUCUCAACUGUUACCAUUUCGCUGUUCUUUACGCUGCUGGUAUCGUUAAUAAGAAAGGACCUGAGGGUGAUGAUUCUUUGUCUUGUCUCUUCUCGUUGAGCUUGAGAUCUCCCUUGAGCUCUAAGAAGAAGAGACACACGGUGGCUCUUGUUUUAGGCCUCACCGGAUCUAUUUUCGGAGCUCUGGUUAUUGCCGGUUUUGUUUGUUUGUAUUUCCGGUUUGGUAAAGCGGGAGAAGCUGGUUGGGAGGACCAAGAGUCUAAACCGAAAUGGAGACCAAACACUGGCUCAAUCUGGUUCAAAAUCGAGGAACUAGAGAAGGCGACUAACAAUUUUUCGCAGAAGAAUUUCAUCGGUCGAGGCGGGUUUGGUUUUGUUUACAAAGGGGUUUUACAGGAUGGAUCGGUUAUCGCGGUUAAGAAGGUGAUAGAAUCUGAAUUUCAAGGGGAUGUAGAGUUUCGUAAUGAGGUUGAGAUCAUUAGCAAUUUGAAGCACAGGAAUCUUGUUCCGCUUAGAGGUUGUAGUAUGGUGGAUGAUGAUAGUCAGAGUCAGAGAUACCUUGUUUAUGACUACAUGUCUAAUGGAAAUCUCGAUGAUCAUUUGUUUCCUCGGGGAGAGACUCAAAAGAUGCCAUUGAGCUGGCCUCAGAGAAAGAGCAUCAUUUUGGAUGUAGCCAAAGGGUUGGCUUAUUUGCAUUACGGUGUGAAACCCGCGAUUUACCAUCGCGAUAUCAAAGGUACAAACAUUUUGUUAGAUGUCGAUAUGCGAGCGAGGGUAGCGGAUUUCGGUUUAGCUAAACAGAGUAGAGAAGGGGAGUCUCAUCUCACUACCAGAGUGGCGGGAACACACGGUUAUUUGGCUCCCGAGUACGCGCUUUAUGGUCAACUAACCGAAAAAAGCGAUGUAUAUAGCUUCGGGGUUGUUAUAUUGGAGAUAAUGUGCGGAAGGAAAGCUCUCGACCUGUCUACUUCCGGAUCGCCAAACACAUUUCUGAUUACGGAUUGGGCUUGGUCGUUGGUAAAAGCCGGUAAAACAGAGGAAGCUCUUGAACAGUCUUUGUUGAGAGACGAGGGCUCAGGGAUCUCUAAUCCGAAAGGGAUAAUGGAGAGAUUCUUGCAAGUUGGGAUUUUGUGUGCUCAUGUAUUGGUUGCGUUAAGGCCAACAAUAUUAGAUGCACUGAAAAUGCUAGAAGGAGACAUCGAGGUUCCCCCAAUACCGGAUCGACCAGUCCCGCUAGCGCAUCCAUCAUACCGCUUGGACGGAAACGGUUUCACUAUAUCGCCUGCGCUUAGCGGGCUACAAAUACAUUCCGGAGAUAUGCUCCGAUGAAAAACUAGGCUCAUUGUGUGGAUGUGUGGUGUAGAUUUUGUUUUGUAAAUACUUUGGGAAUGCAAGGAUCACAUCUUUAGAUUCAAAAUCAUGUAAACCAAAUUUUCAACAUCUUGUAGAAUAUUAUAAGAAGAAAAGAUAUGAAAUUCCGUUAAGAAGAAAAAA